AUGGAAUGGUCGAUUCGUGAUUAUGAUAGGUCGAUCGUGGUCAGCUAUUUGUUGAGGGCGAUGAUACGUAUUUUGUGUUCCUUGCGCAGAGUACUCAAGGUCGUGUUGUGUCGUGAGUGUGUCGUGAUCAUUCUGUUGCGACGGUUGCUGCCUGUGGCCGUCGUCGUUGGUCGGUCGACGGCUGGCUGCUGUAGCGUGUGGCGGCGAUCCGGGCUAGUGGCGGCGGCGACGGCGGCCAUGAGGAAGACCGCCGUAGCGGGCACGUCGUCGACAGCGGCGGCGGCGGCUAAUGCACCACCUGUCGCGUCGAUGGACGGGGCCCAAGCCGCGACACCGACGGGGACUGUGGCGCAGAUCAAGACCCCGGCAUCUCGACGUCGCGUCGGGGACGCUGGCCAUUGCACAGCAGAAGUCGACACGUCGCCCUGUGGCCCGGCAGAGUUUCACGUGGUCCCGGAGUUCUGGGAAUUCAUCAUUCGUUGA